AUGAUGCACUCGAUACGCGCGACGGCUAUCGUGGCGGCGGCGGUCGCUGGCGUGGUGUCGCUGCAAGCGGUGGCGGCGCAGCAGCCGGCGGCGACGGGCGGCUGCAUCAGCCUCAAGGGCAGCAGCGCCUGCCCCUCGUUCCAGGAGGCCUUCAUCAACCCGACCAGCCUCGCAGACGACUGGUCGUUCUUCAACAACGUCACCGACGUCGCAUCGUUCGACGCGCGCUUCGCCGCCUACCUUGUCUCGGACCGCGGAUACUACGCCGACCAGAUCGCCAACGGCCUGCAGUGCCGCACCGAGGCGGCACACAAUGUCACGCUCCAGUGGCAGCAGACGAUCUUCUGCUCUCGCUUCGCCCAGCAGUCGUUUGACGCCGGCUGCAACGGCGCCGGCAGCGAGGGCCAGGACCCCGCACCGAGGCCCGCGCCCGUGUGCGAGGAGACCUGUGUCCAAUUUGUCGCCUCGGAGCACUCGGUGCUCGACUUCGACAGCUACUGCCCCAACGACGGCGCCCUGACGGCGGCGCAGAACACGACGCGGUACGAUACGCUCCGCACCAACUUCCGCACCUGCACCGACCGCUCGCUCGACGCCACGCGCAACAACGCCACCUGCGUCCUCGGCAUCAACAACGAGGGCAGCUGCGGAUUCGCCAGCUCCGUCGACCAGCUCUGCGCCCACUGCGACCCGCGCUACAACGACCAGCUCCCGUCGUGCUGCUUCGACGCGCGCACCGAUCUCUCGACCGACAAUGUCCUCUCCGACGGCCAGCUGGCCGGCGCGAUUGUCGGCUGCAUUGUCGGUGCGCUCCUCCUCGGCGCCCUGCUGGCGCUGCUGCUCCUCCGCUGCUGCCGCAAGGAUCGCAAGGACACCGAGGCCAACGCCACCGGCGCCGGCGCCGUCUACGGCAACGCGGCCAACGGCUCGCACGUCGAGCGCCCCUGGAUGCAGAGCGAGGACGGCAUGGUCAAGUCCCCCGAGCUGGGCGGCGCCAAGGACGGCAAGUUUGGCGCUGGCGGUGCCGCCGGGGCUGCCCUCGGCGCCGGUGCGCUGGGAGCGGGCGCGGCCGCUGCGGGAGCUGCCGCUGGCAAGGGUCGCGACUCGGUCGACGACAGGCCGAUCAGCGCCAUGAGCGGCGAGACGGGCACCGACGGCCGCGGCACCACGAUCCCUGCGGUCAAGGACCAGUACUCUUCGCACGACAUCUGCACCGGCGAGACGGUGGUGGCCAUCUACCCGUACAAUGCCACGCUCAACGACGAAAUCAGCCUGCAGCCGGACGACGUCAUCACUGUCCAGCGCCUCUACGACGACGGUUGGGCACUUGGCCGCACCGAGGCGGGCACCGAGGGCGCCUUCCCGCUGCGCCUCUACGACGACGGUUGGGCACUUGGCCGCACCGAGGCGGGCACCGAGGGCGCCUUCCCGCUGGUCUGCGUCACGUCGACCAAGGGCGGCACCACCAGCGGCGGCUCGGGCGAGGGCCUCGGGUCGAGCACCGGCGGCGUGACGAGCGGCAACGACGGCAACGUGACGAGCAGCGUCGACGGCGCCGUCACGGCCGACGAGGGCUUCACCAGCGACGCCACGGGCCUGCAGCAGCGGCGAUGA